AUGCCGGCCGGGCAAAGUGGUGGUGUCGAGGAGCAGACGCGGGUGGUGCCGGCCGUGGUGAGCGGCGUUGCGAGUUCGCGCGAGUGCCUGGUGUCGCGCCUGUUCUUUGCACGUCUCGCGUUUGAAUUCGUUUAUUGCGCGGCCUCCAGAAACCUACGAGUGCGGACCUCACUCGACCUCGAGAAACACAUGCGUCUCGAAAUAGAAUACGCCUCGACACUUCAAUUAAGUAAAUUGGUGUUUGCUAUGGUUUUAAUGGAGAAAUUCAAAAGA